AUGGUAGACAAAGGGGUUACAAAGGUCACACCGACUAAAAUUACAACUAGAAACCCAGUUUGUAGACUCUGUGGUGGUUGUCAAGGCACACGUCACAUGGUACGCAUAUUUAGCAAAACUGGUACAUCAAAAAAUCUUUGUGUGAAGAUAAAGAAACUGUGCGGUGUAGAAGUUUCUGAAGACGAUGGCAACUCGAAAGUGCUAUGUAGGCAGUGCGUCGCCUUCAUGAAUAAGAUGGAAGAUUUCAUUGUUAAAGCUCAGUCUUUGCAGGAAAAACCUCCUGAUGAAUUAUCUGUUAAAAGGUGCAUGCUACAGUCGCCAACACAACAGCCUUCGAAGCGCACUCAUCAAAUAAAUCGGUCACAAUUAAGUUCGGCAAAACAAUUGUUUUAUACAACAACAACAACAGAGGCUGACGUGACCGUCGAAACUGAAGCGUCUUCAAACACACAAAAUCAACGUGGAAAUAGGCAAGCUGUUAAUAUUUUGCCUAAACAAUCUUCAGAUGCUGGGUGUUCAUUUAAUGAUACGCUGGAAGUAGCUCAAUCUCUUUUAACCGAAAGGCAACAACAACUCAUAACACAAGCGUCAAACACUAGAUAUGCUACUGUACUGGCAGAUAUUCUUGCAGAACACUGUCCGACUGUUGUCAAUUCAAUUAAAAAGCUUAUCUGUAAAGAUAUAAGGAAGUCUUGCGAGAAACUAUGUAGGCGUUCACAAGGAUCAGUUUUAUUUGGAAAAGAUUAUGAGAGCUUACAAGACUUCGACUUCGAUAAAAUAUGGAACGAAUUUAAAACAAACGUACCUUUUCUUGUGGAGCUAAUGAAUGCAGCGUCUAACAAUGAUAGUGAUAUAGAAGGCACAGGGCAUGAGCUGAUGAUUAAAUAUUCAUUUUUGUAUUCUAUCCUCAUGAGUGAAAGGUGGCAUGAACUCUCCCUUGUUAAGCGCAUGAUCACAGUACUCACGAUUGAAGGUGCAUGGCUGUAG